AUGGUUAUAGAAAAUCUUAGAAGACUGCAUAACUCGUUUGCAAAUCAUAUUGACCGAAUAUACUUGAGAAGCGAAGAGAUAAGUGAAAUAAAUUCGUUUGUCGAGUCUGAAAGGCUUGUCCUUCACAUAUGUGGAAAUCCAGGAACAGGAAAGACACACGUUACUAAAAAUACUCUAAAGUGCGAGUUUCUGUACAUAAACUAUUAUGCCGAGAAAAGUAUUCUCGAGAGCAUAAGGAAAAGCACAAGCUCUGUCGUGGUUAUUGAUGAGUUCGAUAAAUACUAUUACGAAAGAAGCAAUGAAUGCCUGCAGGCAAUGGCCUAUCUAAGAAAGAAAAAGCGAAAGACAAUAACGCUAUCAAACAACCUGGGGAUGCCUUCAGACACUUUGUUCUUUAAACCAUACACUUCACUAGACAUGGAGCUGAUUUUGAAGCAGAAAGUGGCCGAGGAAUCCACAGAGGAGAUUCUAAGCAGCACCUCAAUAAAAAUAAUCUCAAAAAGAUUCGGGCCUUCCGGUGAUCUUAGGCUGCUAUUCAAGCACGUUCAGGAUGCUAUUGCAGAAAAGAUUUUGAGUGCUGAAUCGCAAGCGAUAUGCAAUACACUAGCGAUUGGCAGUUCAAUGAAGGCCACUAGCGAUGCAAGUCUUGUUUUUGAAGGCAUUGCAACAGAUAAAAACGAAUGCUUGAAUCAGCCAGCCAACUUUCACCAUGCAACCAUCCAUUCUCUGAUAUCAAACAACAAAAGACUUUCUAAAAUAGAUAUCUACUCCAAAUAUCUGAAUGAGUGCCACGAAAUGAAAAUCCCUUCUUAUGACAGAGUUGAUUUUAAUAUUAUCUAUGAUAUAUACAAUUGA